UUUUAACGACGUAAUUGACUUUUUUCAGUCACUCUUUCCCAUUUUUGGCCAUGUAGAUGGAAAUUUUUGCGAUACUCGGUUAAACAUUUACGCGGAACCGUAUAGGAUAAAUAUGUCAAAAGAGAAAAGAAAGUACAUAGCUACUAAGACUACGAUCUUGUCAACGUCGUCAUCGGGGUUGCCUAAAUGGCGACAAUCGCCGAUCAACCUAUGUAGGAGAGCUACAUGGAGUAAACAAUUUCCACCUCUCUAUAUGACAAACUACUGGUCGAACGAAGGUACAGCUACAAUGACGAAUACGGGUAAAACAGGUAAUUUUUCUACGUUUUAUUUACGCUUAACAUCAGAGACGUUUAAAUGUUGCACCACGAGGAUAUGAGAACGCUUCUUUCUCAGUGAGUAUAGAAUUUUCCGAUAGAACGCUACCUACGAUGCGAGGUGGUCCUUUGAACAAAGACGUGUUUCAAUUCGUGAAUGUAGAAUUUCGCUGGGGCCCGGAAGAUUCAUUGGGCGCGGAACAUUCUAUAAACGGGAUCUGGUUAGAGACUAUCUCUUUAAAACUUGGCGCUCAUUGCGUAUCGCGACGGUAUUAUUCCGCACACGUUUCAAGUCAUUCUAUCGACUGCAGGUACUCCAUGGAGGCACAGAUAAUGCAUUGGAACACUCGUUACGGAUCGAUAGAGAAGUGCUUCGACAAACCAGAUGGAAUUGCGGUGCUCUCCUACCUCAUGCAAGUGGUUGGCUGCCCUGGAAUUCCUGAUAAUCCUUCGCUGACAAAAAUCACUGAUAACCUGACAAGUAUCAAAAGAAUGGGAAGCAGUAGCAAAAUUCCACCUGAUUGUCUGCUUUGGAUGUUAGAAGCGUGCAGGGCUCAUGGCUAUUACACAUAUCCAGGUUCUCUUACCGUUCCACCAUAUAGCGAAUGCGUUAUUUGGAUUAUUUCAUCUACUAUUACGAAAAUAUCCGCUCGCCAGGUAUAUUUAUUUAAAACGUAGGCUGUUCCAUGUAACACACGAUAUCGUGUUAUCUUUUAUUUUUACGCUAGAUAGACGCAUUUAGGAAUCUUUACGAUGGCAAGUGGAAAAACAUAUCGGGAAAUUGUAGACAACAACAAAAUCUUCAUAGAAGAAGAAUUCUAUUUGCUACGGAUACUGCUGUAACAUGAGAAACGAAUAACGCAUGGACAAAUAAUUACUUUAUCAUUUACUUAUCUGUUAUCAUGUGAAUAUCACUUACAAAAUGGUUCACGCGUUUGCUUCGUAAAAAUAAAUAAAAAUAUGAUAACUAACGGAAUAAGUAAUUCUAAUCCUCUGUUUAAUCCGAACUGUUUCGUUGUAUAAAAUUUAUGAUACAAAAGAUAUGAUCAAAGGAUGUUCAUCAUAUUUCCUACCUUUAGAAAUACAUUCCGAACAAUGCUUUAAACAUUUUUAAACGAUAUUUGAAAAUUUACUUGUUUAUCAAUGUGUCACACAGCACACAGUUCCCUCGUUUACACAACACGCGCAAUAUCUUAUUCAUAAUGCUAUCCCUAAAGAACAAGUAAACGUACAGAUAUGUCUGAAUCUACAACACCACUAACUCCGUAAAGUUUCAGUUUACCUCACAACGAUGUCCGAAUAUACAGGUUUGAUUGGUAAGAUAAUCCGAGCUUUUAAUAUUUCAUUAGGUUAUAUGACAUACACGUACAUAAAUAUAUGUAUAUCCCGCGCAGUGAUUACCCGAUACUUCGCGAUACACGUACGCUGAGAAAAGCAUAUUUGCUACGCGCAGUCCCUCCUUUGUUUGAGCGAUUCUUGUGCCCUUUACGAUCUCGCUGUUCUGUGUUCUAUUGUACUUUAUAUAGUUGGUUCUGUGGGUAUUGUAUUGUGAUUAACGUUGCUGAAUAACUCCAGAUCAGCUAACCUAAACGACAGCGGAGUAAACCACGGUGAAUCAUCAAACGAUUCAAAUUUUAAAUACAUCGCCAAUACCGCCGAUAUACCCGAACA